CAUUACUUGACAGUAUGAAAUGGUUCGAUAUCAAGAAUUUUAAGAAGUAUCUGAAAGAAAGAGUCGUCAGAAUAAUUCCAAGAUUUAAAGCAAGUAAUGAUCCUGCCGUUAGUGAAGCUAUUUGGAGACAGAAUGCCUUAUUGAAUAUUCCUUGGCGUGACUAUGGUAGCUUACUUGUUAAUGACAGUUGGGAAUUUACUUGCUCUGUUCAUGGUGUCAACCUUGAUAUGUUUCCGUAUCCUGUGUCUAUAUGUGAAGAUGAACUUUCUGAUGAUGAUGAUGAUGAUGAAAGUUAUGAUAUGAAAAUGACUGAAGAGGACUGGAUGAAAAUAUGUAGAAUGGAUGGUUCAGUAAAUAAUGAUGGAAACAAAUAUGAACUUGGUAAAAGAGUGAUAGAUUUAUCGUAUCCGUGGACUGAUAAUAUAUGUGAUGAGUAUUACGCCGACCUUAUUCUUAACUUUAUUUCUACAUCCCGGAAAAAUGUAGAGAUACAUAAAGCACUUCCAAUAUUGCCAGCAAGUAGCCAUGACCAGCAAAUUGUAACUGAAAUUCUGAAGAGGCAAAUAACAUAUUGUAAGACAACUGUUAUGGAAGAUUUGAAAGUUCCAAGAAUAUCAAUUUGUGAAGGUUUUGCUGGAAGUGGGAAGUCUGUUUUACUUCAAUCUAUGGUGUCUUUGAUUGAGACUGAACUUGGAACAUCUAGUUCAUUGAUAUUGGCUCCAACUGGUUCAGCUGCUCUUCAUGUUAAUGGUCAGACCAUACAUAGCGCUUUAAGAUUAAAUUGGCGUGAUCUUGGUAAUAUGCCAGAUCUUCGAGGUGAAUCCUUGUUUAAAUGGAGAGAGAAAUACCAACAUGUUAAAUUUGUGUUGGUUGAAGAGUACAGCAUGGUUGGAUGUAAACUUAUAUAUGCUCUUCACAAGAGAUUAUGUCAGCUGACAGAAUCAACCAAAUCUUUUGGAAAUUUAUUUGUAUGGUUCUUUGGAAAUAUUCGUCAACUUCCACCCGUUGCAGACACACCUUGGUAUAAAGAAGAUGUAACUAAUUCUCAAGCAAUGGUGGUUGCUGGAGCCUUGCUUUAUAAGGAAAUUGAUCUUGUUUGUUUCCUUUCAUCUCAACUUCGUCAGAACAAUAUGAAUUAUUUGAAAUGCUUACAAAACAUAAGUGUAGGCCUAACUACUGAUAUUGAUAAAGCAAUUCUAUUAUCCAGAUUUAGAACUCUUGCUGAAAUAGAAGAAGGUGGUCAAUUUGAAUUUGCGGUUCACCUAUUUUCAAGACGGAAAGAUGUAGAUAUUUAUAAUUUACAGAAGCUUAUUCAGGAAAAUAAACCAGUUCUGAGAAUUGAUUCAGAAAACAAUUCAAGAUACGCUAAAGCUUGCACCUCUGAUCAAGCAAUGGGCUUACCACAGAACUUAUUUCUAUCUAUUGGUUGUCGUGUUAUGUUAAAAAGAAAUCUCUGGGUGGAUGGAGGUCUUGUCAAUGGCUCUCUUGGUACUGUCAUAGACAUUGUGUACCAAUCAUCUACUGAUAUUUCACCAAUAGCAAUUAUUGUGAAAUUUGAUUCCUAUUAUGGACCAACUCUCCCUAAUGGUGGUGUUCCCAUUAUUAGAUACACAAACUCCUGGUAUAGUCGGAACAUCUCAUGUUCCCGCGUUAUGUUUCCAUUGCUUUUGGCUUACGCUGUCACAAUUUAUAAGUCAGAAGGGCUUACUUUACCAAAGGUUGUUUUACAUAUUUUUGCAAAAGAGAUGGCUGCAGGAGAAUUUUAUGUAGCUUUAUCCAGAGUUAAAUCACCAGAUGACAUAUGCAUUGUAUAUGAUGGACCUGCAGAUAACUGUCCUCUAUUUCAUCUAAAUUCAGCUAUUUAUAAAGAAAAAGUUAUUGCAGAACAAAAGAUGUUGUUGAAAGCAUCAAGAGCAGUUUAAUUGUUGUGGUUGCUAUGUAUCUCUAGACAGUUUACAUUCCACUUUGCUGAACAUUUUUUAAAGAGUGGUUUACUAAAUUUUCAAGUGACUCUUAAAUAAACUAAAAUGUCUGAUUC